AUGGACAACCAACAGCCUGUGAUAUAUUCUCUUUUGCCAAACUCCGAGCGUCUCCGACAUAUAAGAGAACAUGUUAUCCAUGAUAUUAAUGACAUCUGGCAAGAUGGAGAUGUUUCCGAGCAGAUUGAACACUUCAAAUACAAACAGGAACUCAAAAAGAAGUUCUCAUUUGGCUCCAUCAUUGGUCUGGGGUUUUCCCUCAUGAACGUUCCUUUUGGAAUUUCCUCGACCUUGUCAAUUGGGCUUGUUUGCGGCUCCAGCUUUACCAUACUUUGGGGUUGGGUUCUUUUCUCGUUGUUCACCCUCUUCAUAUCGCUGUCCCUGGGUGAGAUUUCCGGGAAAUUUCCCAGCUCCGGAGGUGUCUAUCAUUACAGCAGCAUACUUGCCAAUGAAAAAUACGCAUUGGCAAGUUCUUGGUUUACCGGAUGGUAUCUGGUACUAGGGAAUUGGCUGAUGUUCAUCUCGUACGCAUUUGGAGGGAGUCAGUUUAUUCUUUCAAUUUUGGGUAUCAAAAGUCAAGACUACAAGCACGAUGACUUGUUUGUUCUGUUGCUCUACUUUCUAAUUAUCACUCUUAGUGGGCUGGUGAAUCUCAAAUUCCAACGACAACUUGAGAAGAUCAAUAAGUUAUGCAUUUACUGGACCAUAUACACGGUUCUGGUGAUGGAUUUUCUGCUACUAAUAUUCAGUACAGAUUUCCACGAUGUCAAAUAUAUUUUAACUAAUUUCGAUGCUUCCAGAAGCGGCUGGCCUGCAGUGAUUGCAUUUUUUGUUGGUGGUAUUCAGUUUUCCUCGCUUACGUUCAAUGGUUAUGGAAUGAUUGUCUCCAUGAGUGAGGAAGUGCAAACUCCUGAAAAAACGAUACCACGUGGUCUGUUAGUCUCUGUGUUGGUCAGCAGUCUGACAGGCCUCAUAUUCAUCAUCCCAAUUUUGAGUAUUCUUCCUGAUCUCGAGCUUCUUCUAGAUCAAAACCCCGAUAUCUUUCCUAUUGAUAUCGUGUUCAAACUGUCGACAAAGUCUAUUUUGGUCUCAUUUGUCUUGGUGAUCCUCAUUAUCGGCUCUUCAACGUUCGCUACUAUUGGCUCGCUCACCACAGCCUCUAGAACUGUGUACGCCUUGGGAAGAGAUCGCGGAUUACCUUUCAAUCAGCUUUGGGAGCAAGUUGAUACCAUGUCGGACGAGGAAAUAGUCCCCAAAAAUGCUCUUUUGCUUUCCGUUGCAGUCUCGUUUUUGCUUGGCACGUUCUCAAUGGUCUCCAGUACUGCAUUCAAUGCGUUUGUGGGAUGUGCUGUCGUGUCGUUGAAUGCUGCUAAUGGAAUACCGAUACUCUCUUCCAUUCUCAACAAGAGACGCAAAAUCCGUGGAUCUGCUUUCAAGUUGCGCAAGCUGGGCUAUGUCAUCAACGGCUUUAGCGUGGUAUUCAUUUUGCUUACCAUUGUUGUUCUUUGCAUGCCUCCUUCAAGAUAUAUCGAUAUUACCACUAUGAAUUAUGCUGUCGCUGUCUUCGGUUUGUUCACCCUCAUGAUUGCUGUCUUGUACUAUGUCUGGGGAAGACACAAUUUCCACGGCCCAUUGCUCGAUACCGAUGAACAGGCUGAAAUUGCAGCUCUGGCUACCGCCCUCGAAAACGUUCAGUCUACCCAGGAGCAAGAUCAAGACGAUGAUCAGUUUGUUCUUGAAGACAGCGAGUACAUUUCGCACAAAACUCCACCUCUUGAUGAUGACACUGAUACCCUCUUUGACAUCUCUCAAAGCCAAGCAUCCUCUUCAGAUCAACCAAUAUUCGAUCCGAAGCCUAAAGACUCCAACUAA